AUGAGCUUGAUUCAAACAGCACUGCAACAAAACCACUCAAGUCCACAUCAACAGAACUUUCAUCACACUACAGAGCACACAAAGACCGUAGCACCUUUUGAAACUCCUAAAAAUCAUGAAAAACCAAAGGCUGUGAACUCCCAAAUCCACAAGAUCACAAUUGGUCAAUGGACUCACGUGCGGGUCUACCCGGAUGAUAUUAAGGCGAAAUUCUAUUUUAAAAAGAGGAGAAUUAUCUGGGAGUUUCUAGACGAUGUAGAAAUAGGAACACAAGUGGAAAGGCUGAAGAGAAAGAUCGAGAUCGAAUGGUCUGAUGUCUUGUCUUUUAGAGCAAUUUUAAAUUCACAUGAUGACACUGGAAUACUCGAAGUAGAGUUGGGAAAACGUCCAACGUUCUUCAUGGAGACUAAUCUACAAGCAAGAAAACACACUCAAUGGAAGAUGGAUCAAGAUUUCACCCUAGAUCAGUCUGCUUCUAAAUACAGGAGACAUACACUUCAUUUUUUUCCUGGAGAUCUGCAAGAGACCUUGGAGAAGCUUGUCUCCGGAGAUAGCUUCUGGUCAAAACUUGCCAAAGUCAAGUUUCCAACUCUACAGUCUCUUUACUUCGAUAUUGGCUUUGGUGACAGCAACAAUGAUGUUGGCACCGUCAACUUGUCUCACGACGGACGGUACCAAACACUUAGCUUCGACAACGAUAAUGAAUCUAUUCAUCACUAUUCUCAAGGAUUUGAUCAGUUGCCUGAUGGAAACGUAAACUUUAACAUACCAACUCAGUUCUACCCUAAUGAUGGGAGACAAAUGAACUCAUUUGUUCAAGGCAUUCACUCACCUUGGACGCAAGUUAUCCAACCAUCCUCUCAGUGGGUCGAGGGAAGGUAUGUUAGCGAGCCACAGUUUAACAAUUCGAUGAUCCAAACGAGAAACACAAGGGAGUUACUUGGAAAUCAAGCAUAUGAACAAGCAUUACGUGAGACAAAAGGUGAAUACAUGAAGUUUCACAUGGAACCGUAUCUACAAGACUACUCAGCUCAAGAAGGAGAGACACAGCACAUGGAACACAUACUUCCUGAUGGUAACUUUCAUCAGACCAAUAACAUAUGUUAUUGUGAUCAAUGCUUCAGCAACAUUUAUUCACUGCCUCAUGAUUUGUUGAUGUAAUUCUGUAUAUCACUGAAAAUCU